AUGAAAAAAAAGUCGAUAACACUGGAAGUUGAUCCAACAAUAAUGGAAAAACAUAUGAGAAUUGUUAAGGAAAACCCUGUGGAAGAGGAAUUUAAUAAAUUAUUAGCAGAUGCAGUUCCUUCGAAGGUUGUAAAACCGAGGCCAGGUUUUUGUGUAAAGACAUUUACGAAACCAGAUAAAAAUAAAGUUUUUGUCAAUGUCUGCCUUACGGAGGCUAUUCCAUGUCCAAGAGAUAUUAGUAAUGAGGAGUUAAUGCAAAUCUUAAAUUCUGAAGACCCAUCUAGUUAUAGAGUACCUAUGAGUAUUGGUGAAGGUAGAACAGAACUAGAUAAGUCAGGAUCUCCAGCAACAGUUUAUGAUGUUGCUAUAAACCCUGAGUUUUUCUCGAAAAUAGAAAAAGAUGUUCUUUUCCAAACAUUUUUCCUAACAGUAGUAUUUGAAGGUCUCCAAGAUAAGUACCAAUUUGAACUAGAUAUGCAAAAGUCCACAAUUCUUCAACAUAGAAAGUCUAUUGGUACCUUACAAUCACAUAGAAUUCAAAUCAGGGAUGUGAAAAAGUGUGAAGAAAAAACUAAACCUUUAAUAGAAGAAAUACAGAAACCAAUACUCAAAAAUACAGAUAUUCUUGCAUCUAAGAAGAAAGAAUUCAUUUACCGAUUAAGACGAGAACCACCAACUGGGGAGAUUGAAUAUUUAUUAGCAGAAUUUAUGAUACCAGCAUCAGUUGAAUUAAAAGACUUGAACUUGGAAGUAGGUGAAGACAGACUGGUUUUGGAUUCUAAAGGUCUUUUUGAAUGUGUUGAUUUUUUCCUGCCAUGUAGUAUUGAUCAAGAUAUUGUUGAUGCUCAAUUAAAUAGAAAUAAAGAUAUGCUGUAUGUGAAGAUGCCUAUUAUACAC